CAGUUCACUCUGGGUUGUCUCUCUCUCUCUCUCUCUCUCUCACUCUCUCUGUGUGUGUGUGUGUCUCUCUCUAGCGUGCACAGCGGGAUGUCCGAGCACAGCGGAAUCUUGAUAAAAGGAGGUAAAGUGGUGAAUGAGGACUGCUCCGUGAUCGGCGACGUCUACAUCGAAAAUGGCAAGAUCAUCGAAGUGGGACUGGGUCUCCAGAUCCCGGGAGGGGCGCGCGUCAUCGAUGCCACCGACAAGCUGGUGAUGCCGGGCGGCAUCGACACGCACACGCACAUGGAGCUGGAGUUCAUGGGCACCAGGGCCGUGGACGACUUUUACAUCGGAACCAAGGCGGCCCUAGCAGGAGGGACAACAAUGAUCCUGGACUUUGUCAUCCCCCAAAAGGGCAAGUCUCUGCUGGAGGCCUACGACUGCUGGAGGAAGAAAGCUGACCCCAAAGUUUGCUGCGACUACUCGCUGCAUGUCGCCGUCACAUGGUGGAGCGAGCAGGUCAAAAAAGAGAUGCAGACGCUGACCGAAGAGAAGGGCGUCAAUUCCUUUAAGAUGUUCAUGGCCUACAAAGACGUGUUCAUGCUGACGGACUCCGAGCUGUACGCCGCCUUCUCCCUCUGUAAGGAGGCCGGAGCCAUAGCUCAGGUGCACGCCGAGAACGGGGACCUGAUCGCAGAGGGGGCGAAGAAGAUGCUGUCUCUGGGCAUCACGGGGCCAGAGGGCCACGAGCUGUGUCGGCCGGAGGAGGUGGAGGCCGAGGCCACCCAGCGAGCCAUCACCAUCGCACACGCCGUCAACUGCCCGCUCUACGUGGUCCAUGUCAUGAGCAAGUCUGCCGCCAAGGUGGUGUCCAAUGCUCGCAGAGAUGGGCGCGUGGUGUUCGGGGAGCCCAUCGCAGCCGGACUGGGCACCGACGGCACUCACUGCUGGCACCAAGACUGGGCCCAUGCUGCUGGCUUCGUCAUGGGCCCUCCCCUCAGACCUGACCCCAGCACCCCGGGGUACCUCAUGGACCUACUGGCCAAUGACGAUCUCAGUUUGACCGGGACGGACAACUGCACCUUCUCCGUGUGCCAGAAGGCCCUCGGCAAAGACAACUUCACUAAGAUCCCAAACGGAGUGAACGGAGUGGAGGACAGGAUGUCUGUGAUCUGGGAGAAAGGAGUGGAACAAGUUGCCUGCUGCUGCAGUUCAGCACUGACCUUUUGCCCGCACAGCGGGAAAAUGGACGAGAAUCGAUUCGUAGCCGUCACCAGUAGCAACGCAGCCAAAAUCUUCAACUUCUACCCGCAGAAAGGCCGCAUCGCCAGGGACUCGGAUGCCGACGUGGUUAUAUGGGACCCAAAGAUGACAAGUGCUGUCAGUAACUCCUGCAGACGCAGAGUGCCGAUGACACAUUGGGCAGGGCAGGAAGCGCGUCUCCACGGUGUCACGCAUCGGGUCAAAUAAGUCGAAGCUCAUGAAGUUCAGCAGUGAAGCACGCACGCUGGAGCAGCUAAAAAGGGAAGCGACGUAUCUUUUAUCUAGCGCCACCUCCACGCACACAAAUACACCAGGCCACGUAAGCCCGAUUGUGCUCUGUGCAGGAGUCAGGGCAUGCCAUCACUUAUCUACUGCAACACCAUCUACAUAUGAAUUACGGAAUGAUUCAUUCUUUUCCAGGUUUGGUUGAUUUUCUGUUUUUAACACUUGCUUGAGCUCAAUGAGCAAAGCCUCAGUGGGAUAUCGCUGAUGGGUCACGGCGAGGAUCUGAAAGAUGACGAAUAUUUUACGUGGGAGCAUAACCCGUUUUUCUAAGUAGAGAACAUGCAGAAUAAAGGGCUCAGAAUAUCACACGGCUUGUUUGUUUCUGUUCAUCUUUCCUAUUUUUACAUCCAAAUAUGAAGCGGAAGACAGUGUGCCGUCUCAAGGAGCACAUCACCCACUGAUGCUAAAUAUACUGAGGACAGUUGUGCGUUCCAAUGGCUUGUGUGCUGUGGCACACUGGUUCUUAUAUAACCCAGAAUGGCGGCGCUCUGUGUGCUGCAGAAUCGUGGCUCAGCCCCGUCGGGGACGUCACAAACCGCUGGUGUGCACAUCACAUACUGGUGUGCACAUCACAUACUGGUGUGCACAUCACAUACUGGUGUGCACAUCACAUACUGGUGUGCACAUCACAUACUGGUGUGCACAUCACAUACUGGUGUACACAUCACCUACUGGUGUGCACAUCACCUACUGGUGUACUUUGCCAGUGAAUGGAUUCAUACAGAAACCUGUGUGCGACCACGACGCCCCCUGCUGAGGAGGAGGAGGAGCUCGCCGUCCGUGAAGCCUCGUAAUGGAUGGCCCCUCGGCACGAGCGUCGCUCCGUAACCACUUUAUCAACGGGUUGCGUAAGCAGAACCGCCUAGGAAGCUGAUUGCCUUGUUUGUCUCAUGACUUGGAUAAUGAGGACACAUCUUGCCUUUGUCAGUGCACACUAUGGUGUCUGCCUCUGCCAACCAACGGGGGAAAUGUAUGAAUCAGGAGAGGAGGGCUCUCUGAGAUAAAAAAAAAAAAAAAAAAGAAAGCAA